AUGGUGUGGGAGGGUGUGGAGGGUGUGAAGGGUGUGGAGGGCGUGGAUGGGUGUGGAGGGUGUGAAUGGUGUGGAGGGCGUGGAUGGUGUGGAGGGCGUGGAUGGUGUGGAGGAUGUGAAGGUGUGGAGGAUGUGAAUGGUGUGGAGGGUGUGAAUGGUGUGAAGGGUGUGAAUGGUGUGGAGGGUGUGAAUGGUGUGAAGGGUGUGAAUGGUGUGGAGGGCGUGGAUGGUGUGGAGGGCGUGGAUGGUGUGGAGGAUGUGAAUGGUGUGAAGGGUGUGAAUGGUGUGGAGGGCGUGGAUGGUGUGGAGGGCGUGGAUGGUGUGGAGGAUGUGAAUGGUGUGAAGGGUGUGAAUGGUGUGGAGGGUGUGCGGGAUGAAGGAAGAUAUGGGAUGAAGAAGAGUGCGAGGGUGAAGGAGGACAUUGGGCUGAUGACCAACCUGACAACGCUGACGGGGGAGAAGGCUGUUUGGAGAUCAGAGCAGAAUUUGGGUUUGAAUGGAACGAUGAUCAGUGUUGGGAAAAAAAGGCCUUCAUCUGCGAAUCCCAAGGAGACAUUCCAAAACGGUAAUGGGAUACUGUUUCAUGUUCAGCAGAGCAAGCCGCAGGGACCAGAGUCAAUCUCAACGUCCCUCCAGCCCAAGGGACCAGUCAACCCCAACGUUCCUCCAGCCCCAGUCAAUCUCAACGUCCCUCCAGUCCCAGGGACCAGAGUCAACCCCAACGUCCCUCCAGCCCCAGGGAUCAGAAUCAAUCCCAACGUCCCUCCAGCCCAAGGGACCAGAGUCAACCCCAACAUCCCUCCAGCCCCAGUCAACCACAACGUUCCUCCAGCCCCAGUCAAUCUCAACGUCCCUCCAGUCCCAGGGACCAGAGUCAACCCCAACGUCCCUCCAGUCCCAGGGACCAGAGUAAACACCAACGUCCCUCCAGUCCCAGAGACCAGAGUCAAGCCCAACGUCCCUCCAGCCCCAGGGACCAGAGUCAACCCAAACAUCCCUCCAGCCCAAGGGACCAGAGUCAACCCCAACAUCCCUCCAGCCCAAGGGACCAGAGUCAACCCCAACGUCCCUCCAGUCCCAGAGACCAGACCCCAGAGUAAACACCAACGUCCCUCCAGUCCCAGAGACCAGAGUCAAGCCCAACGUCCCUCCAGCCCCAGGGACCAGUCAACCCAAACAUCCCUCCAGCCCCAGGGACCAGAUCAACCCCAACGUCCCUCCAGUCCCAGGGACCAGAGUCAAGCCCAACGUCCCUCCAGCCCCAGGGACCAGAGUCAACCCCAACAUCCCUCCAGUCCCAGAAUCAACCUCAACGUCCCUCCAGCCCCAGAGACCAGAGUCAACCCCAACAUCCCUCCAGCCCCAGAGACCAGAGUCAACCCCAACGUCCCUCCAGUCCCAGGGACCAGAGUCAACCUCAACGUCCCUCCAGUCCCAGGGACCAGAUCAACCCCAACGUCCCUCCAGUCCAAGAAUCAACCUCAACGUCCCUCCAGCCCCAGAGACCAGAGUCAACCCCAACGUCCCUCCAGCCCCAGAGUCAACCCCAACGUCCCUCCAGUCCUAGGGACCAGAGUCAACCUCAACGUCCCUCCAGUCCCAGGGACCAGAUCAACCCCAACGUCCCUCCAGUCCCAGAAUCAACCUCAACGUCCCUCCAGUCCCAGGGACCAGAGUCAACCCCAACAUCUCUCCAGCCCAAGGGACCAGAGUCAACCCCAACGUCCCCCCAGCCCCAGUCAACUCCAUCGUCCCUCUAGCCCCAGGGACCAGUCAACCCCAACGUCCCUCCAGUCCCAGAAUCAACCUCAACAUCCCUCCAGUCCCAGGGACCAGUCAACCCCAACGUCCCUCCAGUCCCAGAAUCAACCUCAACGUCCCUCCAGUCCCAGGGACCAGAGUCAACCCCAUCGUCCCUCUAGCCCCAGGGACCAGAGUCAACCCCAACAUCCCUCCAGUCCCAGGGACCAGAGUCAACUCCAUCGUCCCUCCAGUCCCAGGGACCAGAGUCAACCCCAACAUCCCUCCAGUCCCAGGGACCAGAAUCAACACCAACGUCCCUCCAGUCCCAGAAUCAACCUCAACGUCCCUCCAGUCCCAGGGACCAGAGUCAACCCCAUCGUCCCUCUAGCCCCAGGGACCAGAGUCAACCCCAACAUCCCUCCAGUCCCAGGGACCAGAGUCAACUCCAUCGUCCCUCCAGCCCCAGGGACCAGAGUCAACCCCAACAUCCCUCCAGUCCCAGGGACCAGAGUCAACCCCAACAUCCCUCCAGUCCCAGGGACGUCCAGAGUCACCAAUUUACAGUAA